AUGGGCAACCACAAAGUGUUAAAGACAGCUGGCAUUAAUUUAAGGUAUUCCAUGUACGAUUUUAUUGACGCAGUUAAGAAGCAGGAUAUUAUUUGGGAUCGAGAGCACGAGAAUUUCCACAAUCGCGAACUGCGAGAUCAGGCCUGGCAGCAGAUUGGUCUGCAGAUGUGUAAGAAUUUCGAAGACGCCAGUGUUGGCGAAAAGCAGGAAAUUGCGAAAACACUGCUGAAACGGUGGAAAAAUACACGAGACAGUUAUUUGCGAGUAAACAGAGUACGGCAGAGCGGGGAGGAGAUUUCCCGGGGAUCCUAUAUAUAUGAAAAGGAGUUGAGCUUUCUCUUGGAUGUCAAAGCAGAACAUGACGAAAUAGGAGCAUUCAAGGUGGAUCGAAAGACGGCUGUCAAGCGCACGCAUUUACGUAUGAUAAAAACGCCGCAAAAGCGACGUCGUGAGUCGGAGAAUCAAGAGAGAAGUUCGGACGUGGUAGACAUGGGAGUUUCUAUAGAUGCAUCGAUCCAGCAAAAUGCCUUAUUAGAGGACGGCUUGAACACAACUAUGGAAACAUUGAACUGCACAACAAAUACCUCAACUUUAUUGCCUCCUACUCAGCAGAACUUCAAGAAUGAGUCGAUCAGCGCAAUCUUCGGUGCAAACAGUUCAGCUGUUAAUACCUCAACCAACUGCAUCGAUCCUGAUCCCGAUCAGGCGUUCUUCGAUAGCAUAAAGCCCGAUAUGCAGCGCAUGACAAGUGAUCAGAAACUAGAAUUUAAAAUUGAAGUGUUAAAGAUACUUCGCAACUUCAAGGUUUUACCAAAUUGA